AUGGAACAACAACUCAACCUCGGACAUCUCCUCACUGCCGCCCGUCUUUUAGACAUUGGCGCCCUCGACAUCUCAUCCCUGGAUCUGGGAGCACUGACUUCCACCUCAUCCUCACCAGGAUCCUCAUCCCCGACUAUGUUUGAUCUUUCAAAUGAAUCCGAACUCCGAUCUCUUUUCUCUGGAAAGCUGAAAGUUGACAAGAAGCACUCAUCAUGUGCAUCCAACGCCUCCACAUCCUCCCAUCCUUACUGUUCAUCACCUCCAACCAGAAAGUCUUCAAAACACAGUCGAGCAGCUCACAACGAACUUGAGAAGACCCGACGAGCCAACCUCCGAGGAUGUCUGGAAGCACUGAAGACACUUGUUCCAGGAGUCACCGAUGCCACCAGAAACACCACCCUCGCACUUUUAACCCGAGCCAGGGAUCACAUCAUUGAAGUGCAAGAAAGCAAUGCAGUUGAACUUAACAAGCUCCGCAACUUGAGAGACGAACACGAGGCGCUGGUCGCCGAACUUUCUCAACUGCAAGCUGAUGAUGAAGUGGCUCAAGCAACAAGUCAAGCCUGCCAAACCCUUCCACCAAGCCGGCCUGAAUCCCGAGCCUCAUCAUUCACUUCCACCUCAUCCCGCGAUUCUCCAUGCUAUCUGGAAUACUCACCAUCAAGCAAACCGAUGGACUCCCAUAAGCCAACCAUCAUCGAUCUCUACGCGGAAGGACUUAUUCCAAGAGGUCCGAUCACAUUCCCACGACCUGUUGUCUACCCUCAUAACGUAUUCGAUCUCUUCAAUCUUCCGCCAACUCCAUUCGACGUGUCACAGUACUUGCCUAUCAACCUCCAAGUUUAA